UUCCACAGAAUCCACACCACCUCUGUUCUAAAACUCUUUCCGAGUUCGAUUUCUUGCGAUCAUACUUCAACUCUCUGUACUUCUCUCUCUCCCUCUCCCUCUCCCUCUCUUCAUCCUCACAAUCAUCAUUUGUUCGGCGAUCAGACUCUAUCAAACCUCUCUACAGCUGCUUUUUCUGGAUAUAUUUUCAGUUCUCUCUCAUAAAAUGUCGGCGAUACCUUCAUCCACCGGAGUCUCUGCUUCAUCAUCUUCUACUACAUCAAAAAACGACGUCGAAUCUCUUCGGCGAGAGCGAAUUCUCAAGAGUAAGCUCUACUUCGAUGUGCCUCACUCCAAGGUUCCUCUAAUUUACUCGCCUUCGUAUGAUAUCGCGUUUCUUGGCUUUGAGAAACUGCACCCAUUUGAUUCUUCUAAAUGGGGUCGUAUCUGCCGGUUCCUCGUCGCGGAUGGUGUUCUGGACAAAAAACAUAUAGUUGAACCUCUAGAAGCUACAAAGGAUGAUCUCCUAGUGGUGCAUCCAGAGUCAUACUUGAAUAGUCUAAAGAGCAGUUUAAAUGUCUCCAUUAUAAUUGAGGUUCCUCCUGUUGCACUAUUGCCCAAUUGUCUUGUGCAGCAAAAAGUUCUUUCCCCAUUCCGAAUGCAGGUGGGAGGAACCAUUUUAGCAUCAAAGCUUGCAAAAGAGCGAGGUUGGGCUAUCAAUGUUGGUGGCGGAUUUCAUCAUUGUUCAGCAGGAAAUGGAGGUGGAUUUUGUGCUUAUGCAGACAUAUCACUUUGUAUUCAUUUUGCAUUUGUCCGAUUAAAUAUUUCAAGGGUGAUGAUAAUUGAUCUUGAUGCACAUCAGGGAAAUGGACAUGAAAAUGAUUUUUCUGAUGACCGAAGAGUCUACAUUCUGGAUAUGUACAAUCCUGGCAUUUAUCCCUUUGAUUAUGAGGCGAGGAGAUACAUUGACCAGAAGGUUGAAGUAACGAGUGGAACUGCAACAAAUGAAUACUUAACAAAACUAGAUCAAGCACUUGAGGUUGCUGGACGUAUGUUCAAUCCUGAGUUGGUGGUUUACAAUGCUGGAACAGAUAUUUUAGAUGGAGAUCCACUGGGAAGGUUAAAGGUAAGUCCUGAAGGUAUAAUCAGUAGAGAUGAGAAGGUUUUCCGGUUUGCUCGUGACAAGAACAUACCUCUCGUCAUGCUUACAUCAGGUGGAUACAUGAAAUCCAGUGCCAGAGUGAUAGCAGAUUCCAUUAUAAACCUCUCGGGAAAAUCUUUGGUAGAUCUGGGAAGUCCAUCAGAGAAUAUUUAAGUAAGCAAUCAAGGUCUCUUUAGACUGCUCUUGAGGAGAACUUGAAUGAAGAGAUGGUUAAGAGAUGGGUGUCCCUUUUCUCUCUUGAUGUAUUGAUAUUUGACUCUGCGGUGGUCAUGCAAGUAGUCUGUCUGCUCACGAGGUAAGGUUUCAUAUGUCUAAUUGUUUCCAAACCUUACCAUUUGAGAGUACAGUAUCUGUAUGUAAAGGUUUGUAACUACUUGUACACAACAAACCCUGAACUGGAGGGAUGUGUAUACCAUGUGUAUACACAACUUCUCACUCACAGUUAAGUAUAUUCCUUCGCCCCAUCAUGGUCACGAAUAUGGGUCAGUUUCUCUGCCCUAUGUGUAGCAAUUAGAGGUGGCAAAUGGGCGAGUUGGGUUGUUCAAUAUGGGUUGUGUGCAAAAUAAAUUUAAG